AUGAAGCAGAGAUACACCUUUUUAGACAUCAGAGCAACAGUCAACGAGUUGAAGCCUAGACUGGUGGGAAAGUUCAUCCAGAACUUCUAUACGACAUCUCAGAGAAUCAUCUACAUAAAGUUCAGUAACAAAGAUAUCCUCCUUGUCGAGCCGGGUGUUAGAAUCCACUUGACGCAGGAGCAUGACAUGGACAUUUCCCAUUUCUGCAAGAUUCUGCGAAGAAAGGCCAGAAGAGACAAGGUUGUUGAUAUAUAUCAAUGCGGAUUUGAUCGGGUGGUUGUUUUAGAGCUUGGAAGGCAGAAGAUUGUAUUUGAAUUCUUUUCAGGGGGGAAUAUUUUGAUUGUAGAAGAUGGAAAGAUAGCAGAAAUAUUUCGGGUUGUCAAGGACUUAGAUAUUGUCAAAGGGUCAGAGUAUGUGUUCAAUAAGGUUGACUUUGACCUUAGCAUUGAUGCUUUUAUCAAGAACGAUCUGAAAGAUUUUCUCCCCCUAGACGACCUCCUGGUCAAGAAGGUCUUGAACGAACUAGGCACCCGGAUCAAGGCUGAUCCUAUAGACAUGAAAAAAGCAGCACAGAACGGUAUUCCGAUAAAGGAAGAUGUCAAGAGCAUAUUCUUGGAGUUCAUGAGUGAGUUCCGAAAGACGAUGGAGGAUAUUCAAGGAUAUGGAGGUGUUAUCAUGGAAAAGGGAAAGCCAUCGAAUCUGAUUCCAUUUAAGGCUGAUGGGGCAAAGGACUUCAACACAUUUAAUGAUGCUGCAGAGUAUUUCUUUCAAGGGAGAAAGAAAUUUGGAAAGAACGAUAGAGAGACAAAAGUGGAUAAGGUGAGAAAAAGACAAGAAAACUAUAUGAAGGAGAUGGAGCAGCAGGGAGAAUGUUAUAGGAAGAAGGCAGAGCUAUUGGAAAAAAAUGCGGAUCUUGUUAACCGAAUCCUGGAGAUCUUCAAAGUUGUUAGAAAAAACAAAGUGAAAUGGACGGAUUUUGAAAAGUUCCGAGAACAAGAGAACAAGAAAGGAAGCGAGGUUUCCAAGGCUAUUGUGAAGACGGAUUUUGUAUCCCACACAUGUUGGAUAACUUUAGAAGGAGAAGAGAUUCCGAUUGAUUUUAAUAUCUCACUAUUCAAUAAUGUAAGCGAGUUUUAUCAAAAAAGUAAGAAACUCGAAGAGAAGAUUAGGAAGACUAGAGACAGUCUUGGAGAAGUGCUAAAGAAGAUAGCGCCAAAGGUGGAGACUAAGAAAAUCACAAGAACUCUGUAUUGGUUUGAGAAGUUCCAUUUCUUCUUUUCUUCAGACGGUGUACUUGUGAUCGGGGGGAAAACUGCCCAGCAGAAUGAAAUUCUUGUUAAGAAGCAUCUAGAGCCUACAGACUUGUACUUCCAUAGUGAUGUACAUGGUGCUUCAAGUAUUAUUGUCAAGAAGCCUACAGAGAAGACUAUUGUAGAGACGGCAUCGAUGGCGCUUUGUAUGUCAAGAUGUUGGGAGACAAAUGUUGUUUCUCCUGUAUGGUAUGUUUAUGGUGAACAGGUUAGCAAGACGGCACCUUCAGGGGAGUAUUUGGGAAAAGGGUCUUUUAUGAUAAAGGGAAAGAAGAACUAUGUGGAUUGCCAUAAGAUAGAGUAUGGGCUAGGAUUGUUAUUUCGAGUUUUCGAGGAUAUUGAAAAGCAGGUUGAAAACAUGAAGGUUGAUGAGAAGGAAAACCACAAGUUUGUGAGCGAUCCGGAGGGGAUGGAGAUUGUCCAUUCGAUGCCUGUGUGUGGGCCUUGGAGUGUCAUAUCGACCUACAAAUAUAAAGUCAGGCUUGUGCCCGGAAGAGAAAGAAAAGGAAAACUGGUGCAGGAAGUAUCGAAAAGAUUUGUUGGGCAGGCGCCUGAUAGCGAGAAGAGCUAUGUGAGAAGUAUAUCGGUAGAAGAAUACAUUAACGUUCUUUUUGGAAAUGUCCGAAUAGGAAAAUGA